CGGGAAGCCCAUGUGGGUAAUGAAGGGUUCACCUUCAUUCGUAUGCUCACUUCGGGUGUCUUUGACAAGGCACACUACCCACCCCUGUAUGACAAAAAACUGAACAGUGGUGUCCUGGAUGAACCUCUUGCCGAGCUCCUUGCGUAUCUCUUUUCUACACACCAGACGUGUGGUGUGCCGCUGGAGAUGCACCGUUCUGCUCUUCUUGACCCUGCCGUAAGUACUCUGUGGGAGGGUAAAACAGGUCCAACACAACACCGAGCCGUGCUCUCUCCCAUUGACGUGUGUUCUCCCACUAUACAUGCUUUUGAUAACACGGACUUUUUUGCGUUGCUCUCUGCCUUCUACAAUUAUUUGGCAUCUCAUCUGGCACCUCAAACCGGCGCCGCCCUUCGUCUUCCUUGCAUGAAAAGCACCAAUAAAAAGUGCCGCAUUUUUGGAGGUGGGUCGACGGAGUUCCUACUCAAGCAGAAACUUCAGGAAUCGUCCGUCCCAUACAAGGCCCGAUCCCCAUUUGUGGCCAUAAGUGGUUGUGGUGAUCUGUUCACCUCCGUCGAUGACGUCACGUUUACUCUUCGUGACGGCCUUUAUUGCGAUCGGACUUUGCUUCCCAUCCUCGACGUGGCGGACGGUUGGCGGCACGACGGGGCACAAAUUCUCAUCAAUGCCUGCCUUUUGGACUUUCUUCGUGCAAAGGCGCAGAUUGACACCACACGCAAAAACUAUCGCUUCACUCUGCUGGAGGAACUCAACGGCCUCUCUCAGUCUCUUUCCUACGCCGUGCUGAACCGGGCCGAGAAGAUUCUGUCCAACCUGGCCGGUUUGGUGCGACCAACCAAAUUGCCCCGCGCGAAGGUGUUGACGGCCAUCAUGCCGGAUGAGUCCGAAGAGGGCAUUUUCAUGGCAGGGGCACCGCGUCUGCUGGAGGUUGCGGGACGUCUGAAUUCGCUCCAGCCACAAAUCCAGAAACGGCUUGCGGAGGAGUUGCUCACAGCCAAGUGGGCAAAGAGGAUAAGCGAGAUGAACGCGCAGCGCAAAGAUUAG